AUGGAUAUAAUAACAUGGCCUGAAGAAUCCCAAAUUAAACCAAGGGAUAUUUCUAAUCUUAAGAACGAUCCCAUAUACAAAUAUAUUAAAUCCCUAUGUUAUAAAACUGGUGUAAUUUCCUCUAUAUUAUAUUUGUUAACUCUUGGUGCUAUACGGCCUGCUUUGCAAAGACACUAUGAACAAAGACAAGAAUUUAUUUUGGCUGUAUUAUUGAGACUUCGGAGAACAUUAACCAUCUUAAUGUCCCGUAUUAAGGACAAAAAUGUUGCACAAUUCAAAUUCAAUAAAGACAAAACUAAAAUGGAUAGAAUGAUUCAAACUGAUUUGCCUUCCUAUGAUGUUUGGACGUCACAUGAUACAAUAUAUGGACAACGAACAGAAGAAGAAGAUGAAAAAUCUUUCAUUAAUCAUAAGUUGAGACGAAUUAAUUAUUGCAUGAAUCAACAUGCUAUUAUCAUGAGACAUUUAGAUACCACAGAAUGGUUUACAUUUCAAUUAAAAUUGCUAACAGACCAAGUUGAAGCUUCUAGAGAGAAAACUAUAAAGGAUGUAUGUUCUAAAAGUGAGAACGUUACACAGUCAAUUCGUGAGAUUAAAGGCUGGUUCGUUAAUGGAAGAAUAUCUUAA